AUGCGCUUCCGCAUUGCCAACGUCUCGUCGUUUCAACCGAGCACGAGGCAUGAUCGUCGGAAAAUGCGCUACCACGACCCGCCAAUGGCCAAAAUGGACUCUGCCAAAGACGGCGACGUCCCCUCCGUCCAGAUAAUAUACGAACCCUCCCAGGUGUUGAGCCAGCAUGUGAUUCCUUUGGUCCUAGACAAGUUCUCCGUCGGGCUUGUGGAUAUAAGCAUAGACAGCAACAUGUUCGCUACCAUUCCACGCAUUAUAUCUAGCACGCAAGAAGGUUCCCCGGUCUACGCAGUCUGUAAUGCUAUUGCAUGUGCAUAUUUAGCUAGUACGACGAGGACGACAGCUACACUGGCUAACAGAAACCGGGCGUAUGGGAACGCUCUCAAGGCCGUCAACGCAGCUCUAGAUGAUCCCGUUCAAUACAAGAAUGACAGCACAUUGUUAGCAAUUUGGAUGUUUGUGGUGUACGAGGAUCCGAGGAGGGAGACCGGCACUGUCGAGGCAUGGCCUCUUUGA